GGAUCCCAGUGUUCAUAGCUGUGAAUGCCAUUAUUCAUACACAUUGAUAAUCUCUUCUUUUUUUCACCCUCCCUCAGAGAAUUGACAUCCUUAUCAUAAUGUCUUCAUUCACUGUCAAUCUUAUAUUGUGCGCAAACCUGAACAUUUGUAUUUAAGUGUCCACUGUACUCAGUGAGGUCACGGUUGGGGUUGUUGGACACAGCGCUGGGCAAACAAAGCCCCUGGCUUGACCACUGACACCGGGGCACAAAGAGAAAACACAAGUCGGCUAAUCCCAACACUACACAGAGGGAACAGAAUUCCUGCUCAGCCAUGGCAGACCAGAAAGACAGCAUAGAUGACUUUAAGGUCCAGACAGCCAAACACCCCAACAUCAGCUCGGUUUCUUUACGGCCCCACAAUGACCAGUCUAAAGAUCGAGCUUCCAAAAGGCUCUCCACUGAUUCCAAUGGAACUAGCGAUGGCGGCGUGGGCUCGUCCACGCCGGUGGAACUGACCGCUUUGGAGGAGUCGUUCCGACGCUUUGCCAUCCACGGCGACACCCGUGCCACCGGCAAGGACAUGCACGGCAAAAACUGGUCCAAGCUCUGCAAAGACUGCGGCGUGAUUGACGGCAAGAACAUCACCCUCACCGAUGUGGACAUCGUCUUCAGCAAAGUCAAGAAGAAAUCCUGUCGCACCAUCACAUUUGAUGAAUUCAAGGCCGCGCUGGGAGAGCUGGCCAGGAAGAAAUACAAAGAGAAGGCCGGGGAGGAGGCCGAGGCCGAGGUCUUCAAGCUCAUAGAGGGGAAGGCGCCAAUCAUCGCGGGAGUCACAAGAGCCGUGGCCUCGCCGACAGUGAGCCGUCUCACAGACACCACCAAGUUCACAGGCUCGCACAAGGAGCGCUUUGACCAGAGCGGCCGCGGGAAGGGCAAGGCCGGGCGAGUGGACAUGGUUGACACUUCAGGAUACGUCUCCGGAUACAAACAUCGAGGGACGUAUGAAAAAAAGGUGACCAAGCCCACCGAUGGCAGACCCAUGUAAGGCCGACGAUGAGGAAAAAACAUUUCAUCAACAACUAGGAUGAUUUUCUAUCAAGAGUACUCAUAGAAAGCACAAAAUAGGAUUUCUUAUACUUUCCCGCCCAUGUAUUUCG